GUUUGCUCCCCUUUUUAAAUUCAAAAAGAGGCGCGACCCAAACAUGGCGGAUGAUUCAGAAAAUAGAGGAAAUGCAUACAGAUCUCCAAUGAAAAGAACAUCAAGGAUCAGGAAAAAGAAUCAAAGAUUUUACAAUGAUGAUGAAGACACAACAUACUCUCCUGCCAAGUCACCAAGGAAACAACCCAGAACUAUUGCUGCUAAAAGUGGCCUGAGUACAGCAGAUCGAAAAGUAGCGCAAUCUAUUGGCGUCAGACUCAGAAACUUCCUUAAAUUACCAAAGGCACACAAAUGGGUGUGUUAUGAAUGGUUUUAUUCAAACCUUGAUGUACCACUAUUUUUGGCAGAGAAUGACUUCUGUAUUUGUUUGAAGGAAACAUUUCCACAAUUAAAAACUCACAAAAUGAAGAGAGUGGAAUGGUGUAAGAUUAGAAGACUUAUGGGAAAACCCAGAAGAUGUUCUCCAGCUUUCUUUGAUGAAGAAAGAAAUGCUUUAGAAACAAGAAGAAACAAAAUAAGAUUAUUACAACAAAGAAAAUUAUCAGAACUCAGUAAUUUUAAGGAUCUUCCCAAUGAAAUCCCAAUGCAUUUAGUAAUCGGUACAAAAGUUACAGCUCGUUUAAGGAAGCCCCAAGAUGGUUUGUUUACUGGUGUUGUGGAUGCUUUAGAUACAGUAUCAAACUCCUACAGAAUAACAUUUGACAGGCCUGGAUUAGGAACUCAUUCUAUACCAGAUUAUGAAGUUUUAAGUAAUGAUCCUGAUGAGACGAUACCAUUAUCAGCAUUUCAACAAAAACACAGACCACGGCUACAGAAUCCAUUGUUUUCUCCUCCAAAGUUUGUUCCAAGUCUGGGAUCACCAAACCCGGAUUUAGAUAAUGAUCCUUUACUAAGUGGUUCACCGUUUAAAGGGAGACUAAUGAGUUUAGAAGGAGGAACGUAUGGGGGAUUUCCUAUCAAGUUUCUGGUACAAGUUACAAAGUUGUCAAAACUUUUAACAAUUAAGAAGCAAUGGAUACAGGAAUUAAAGGAUAUGAAUACUCAAGCUGAGAAGACGAAGUCUUUCCAGCAGCCUCUAUCUCAGGACUUCCAACAGAAAUAUGCCAACAUAGUGCUGGAGUUAGAUACGGUCAAUAAAGAAUUAAAUGAAUACUUGAUGGGUGUACAACACUAUUGUCAAGAGUUAGCACCAGAGCAAGGAUUAACACCAUUUGAUCAGCCAUCAGAAAUCAGAAAACGAUGUGAUGAACAGGCAGAGGAAAUGGUGGACAGAAUCAGUCAGAAUAUGUUCCACAGUAAAAAGACAAAGAAUCACAAAGUCAUUGAUCUCAUUUCUAGUCUCACCUCUCUCAUGCUACAAGUACAAACAUUUUCAGAAACAGAAUUUAACUCAUUUGAAUUCAAAUCAUUGCAAGACACACUUCUUGAUAUUAAAGGCAAGCUGGAUGGUAACAGUAUUAAUGCCUUUAAAAACAAUGUAGAGAUACAUAUCAACCAUAUACAGAGUGGACUUAGUCAGAUGGGAAAUCUUCAUGCAUUUGCUGCUACAAGUAAACUCAACCUUUAAACUUUAUGCUAACAAUGAUCUUAAAGUAAAAUGGAUCUCUAACAUGGAAUACAGAUUGAACUACAUCACCUCCAUGACAAUUGUGAUUACUGGUGAUAAUUUUUUUACAUUAUCAGAAAUGACUGCUAUCAUUCAUUGCUGAUAGGCCUCAUAAUGAGAAGUGAUUUUUCAUCAUUUCUCUAGGACUUAACUACCAACAUGGUAAGAAUGAUUAUCAAGUCAAUUGAUUUGUAGAUAUAUUAUGAAGAAACAAAUACAUAUAUAAAUUGUGAAUUAUAAGAUUAUAUAAAAGAACUAAUCAUGAUAUUUCCAUCUCACAGUUAUCAUUUACAUAUAGAAAUGAUAUAGACAUGAUGUUGUCACUUAUCAAAGUAUGUUGUUUGGAAAAAACAAUCUCUUUUUGAAAAAAAUGUGUGUACUAGAAAUCAGGCAAAGAAAUUUUCAAAAAUCAAAGAGGAAUUCAGGGCAUUAUUAUUGACUUAUUGUGAAACAUUUGAGAGCAGAAUUGUAAAAUUUUUAUGGAGUUUUUGACACUUUAUAUUUUUAUACUUUCUAACAUUGCUGCCAUAUUAAAACAUUGCAAUUUUUAAGAUUCAAGAUUCAAAAGCUUUAUCAGUCUCAGACAAAUUUGUGUACGUAAUAUAAUAGUAAGCAAAAUCAUGAUACACUUAGAAAAAAUAAGAAAUCUUAGUAAUCUAAUAUAUUUUGAAUUAAUUCAAAGUUUAUAGUAAAGAACUGAUGAUAUAAUUAUCUAUUAACAAAAAAAUCUUGAUGUGCCAAAGAAUUUAUCUGUCCAUCUUAUUGUAAAUUUGUUUCUGUAACUGCAAAAGAAAUGAAACUUUCUACAAAAUCAUUUGCAGGAUACCUGUAGAUUUAAACUUUUGCAAGUUCACUUGUCCCAUUGGAUAACUACAAUAGCUAUUGUUCUCCGUGGAGUUUUUCACUGGAACUUUAGAUUUUUAUGCCCCACCUACGAUAGUAGAGGGGCAUUAUGUUUUCUGGUCUGUGCAUCCGUUCAUCUGUCUGUCUGUUUGUCUGUCUGUCCCGCUUCAGGUUAAAGUUUUUGGUCAAGGUAGUUUUUUGAUGAAGCUGAAGUUCAAUCAAGUUGAAACUUAGUUCACAUGUUCCUUAUGAUAUGAUCUUUCUAAUUUUACAGCCAAAUUAAACUUUUGACCCCAAUUUCACAGUUCACUGAACAUAGAAAAUGAAAGUGUGAAGUUUCAGGUUAAAGUUUUUGGCCAAGGUAGUUUUUGAUGAAGCUGAAGUCCAAUCAACUUUAAACUUAGUACACAUGUUUCUAAUGAUAUGAUCUUUCUAAUUUUACAGCCAAAUUAGAUUAACCCAAUUUCAGGGUCCAUUGAACAUGUAAAAUAAUAGCGCAAGUGGGGCAUCCGUGUACUUUGGACACAUUCUUGUUUUCUAAGUGACAAUCCAUCACUCAUUGAUAAAUAUAUUAUCUUCUAAGUAGAUGAAAAAUCAUUAAUCAACUCACAAAAUUGCUCAUGAUGUUGCAUUGGUUUUUUUUUUUAUUUUAUCUUUUCGUGUGUUUCAUCAGUAAAAACUGGCAAAUGCUAAGUUUAAUUUAAGGCUGACUUAAAUUUAUUCCAUGAGUAAACAACCACUGUUUCAAAUCUUCUUUUACAGUCUUUAUCACCAGUACUUCUAUAUGCUCAAAGAAAGUAUUUAGAACUGUUGAACAUACAUAAUACAAUAUUAUAGUUAUUUUUUGUAGGGGUCUUGCCAUUUUUUGGCAUGGUAAAUUAGGCAGCCACUAGUAGACCUUUUUUUUUAUUCCCACUAUGUAGGGUUUAAUUCUUUCUUAGUCAUUAAUUAUCAGUGUUGGAUUCUAUGCUCUUAAAAGGAUAUGCCCAUUUGAAUUGUUGUUAAUAAUUAUAUAGUAGAUAUGUUAUCUUUAUAAAAAAUGUACUUAUUGUGGAUUUAUAGAUUAUCGUUGGUCAUCUCAACUAGAUUGAUUUUCUAGCUUGAGCCGGUACGGGAAAGUGAGAAAAGCAAUCUGUAUAUUCUUUAGUUUUACAGGUAUAUUAGACCUGACCAUAAGUAAGGGUUGUAACAUUUUCAUCAAUACUGUAUUAUUGUGAAUCACCCAAGAUUGAUUUUUGAUAGAGGCACCUUGUGUGUACUAAAUGUUACAAUUAGUUAUCUCCCCUGCAACGUCGUAGAAAUUAAUCAAACUAAAAAAAAUAUCCUCAUUUAGAAAAUGGAAGGUUAUGUAAGUAAUUGAUCCUCCUACAUGUCCUAUCCAUCAUUGAAGAAAUUUGACAAGUUCGCAAUCUUUCCUGUUCACAAUGGCAGGUUGAAUAAGUAAUUGUAUGACUUUAAUAAUAAUUGAGAAAGGAGUAGGGGCAAUAAGGCCCUUAUUUGGCCCACAAAUUACUUCAAAUUUAAAAGUUAUCAUACAUAUUCUUAAUUUACUGAAAACUUAGCUACGGUAUAAGAUACUAAGAAAAACAAAACAAAUUUGACAUCGAGCAAGUUACCAUGGCAACAAAUCAUGACUUAAUUUGCAGAUUUUGUAAAAUUUCGUGAUUUUCCUUUUUUUUUCAUCGAAUUUUAAGUAUAUUUUAGAUUGAAAAAUUAUGUGCGCACCCAAGAAACAACUUUAUAUUUGGUGAGUUUAUGUCAAUAGUUAUAAUAAAGCUUCUGUUAAAUUAUGUUGUUGUUUCUUGGCUGCGCAGGAUGUUUCCGCAGCAGAAAUAAAGAUAGAAAACUGCAUAAAUUCUGUACUUUUCAUCGUUUUUGUGAAUACAGUACAUAUUAUGACGUAAUUGUGACGUCAUCACAUAUAAAACUUAAUGUUUUUCAUUUAUAUUUCUUGACCCUAUGCAUUUCUAAACAUUAUGUGCCAAUUCGAAAAGACUAUCAAACAUUUUAUUUUCUUGGGCCAGAACUAGGCCUUAAUGCCCCUACUCCUUUUAAUUAGUUUAGUUAUGUCUCAAAAUACCUAUUUCCCUAAUAAAUAACUGAAUUUUAGUUUUUGCAAGUCC